AUGCUCCGAUUGGGCUUAGUUACGGUCCAGCUCCUUAGGGAGAAACAGAUAGAGUUAUCUGUCAUCACCGAACUCCCCACGUACGGAACCGAGAGAGACUCCAUGCGUCGGGGGCUUCUUCGCCCGCCUGAAGCUAUUGCAAUUGACCCAUCAAUGUAUGCAGCGGGAUCCAGCAAGCGAUUCAAAGGCCACCAAGUCCCUGACCACCCGCAGCCACUAAACAAGAAGCAACAAUGUAAAAAUAGAAAGACACACUCAACACUCACCACUCAAGCUCCCCGCACCAUCGUCACGCCCACCUCAGAACCGGAGAUAUCGUCGCCAGCGCGAGGAGCAUAG